CCUAAGUUCACGUCUUCGUUGCAUGAUACGGCAUAAACACCCCACGCCAGCUAAGCGGCCAACAGCUUGUACUUAUAAGUAGCUCACCCUAGCAUCGACCUCCAACCUUCCACGCAUCGCACGCACUUAGUACGCUCCAUCCACCCACCAACACCAAAUGUCACCCACUCGCAUCGCUCUCUACAUUACCACCCGCUCUCUCACACACCAACAUCUCUCCGCCAUCGUGCAAACGUUCGAUAUCGGAAGACCCGACUCUUCCCUCGAUCCAUAUCCGGACUACAUCCGCCCUCGCCUCCCGAUUUCCCCAACAUCUCAGCCAGGCAACUCUUCAACGAACUGGGCUUUAGAUCUCUCGAUCGAAGCAGUCUGGGCGCGCCACAAAUCCGAGUAUCGAGCCCCAGAAGCAGGGGAGAGUGCCGAAUGGGCUGAGAACCCGAUCGUCAUAGCGGACGAGCGGACCUUGAGAGAUGGGAGCGUCUUGGUUGUUGAUAGAGUCUACGAUGAAGAGGCAGAGAAUGAGGUGUUAGGAGUGAGGUUCGAGCCUGCGGAUGUGCCAUUGACGGUCGCGAAUCUGGAGAUUGCGAAUAUGGAUUUGAGCGAGUUCGAAGAGAGCGUGGGCGAGGACGGGGUGUGGCGCGAAUUUGCUUGAGGAGGUAGGGGGAGUACUGGCGGCUGUAGUUGAAGGUAACAGUGGAUUCCAAAGAGGAGAUGCAGAUGUAAAGAGAAGGCGUUUUCGAAUGGAAGGAUGAAAAAUUGCUUCGGUGAACGCAAGGAAAUCAUUGCACCCGUUUAUACCGCAUCAUGAUCAGUCUACCCCCAAUUUCUAUCCCACCGCCGAGCAUAUUCAUGGCAUCCAUGGCUUCCUGCACUGUCAGGAAAUCCACGUAGGCUCUUCCCGUAAAAGCGCCCUGAUGUCUGACUAUCUUCGCCCCUGUGAGACUCAAGCCCUCUCUACUGAACGCGCGGAGGAUACUGUCCUCGCUAUCGUUCACACUCAACCCAUUAAGGUGGAGUGAUUUUGUGGGCGCUAAUUUCGAAGCUCCUGGAUUAUUGUAGUCCAAGGAUCGAAACCGUCCUUGGAUCGCUACUAUGCCACCAACGGAACUCAGCGCCUGCUCAGCUUCGUAGAUACUACGGAAACCAACAUUUACAAUCCCCCGAGCGGUAGAAUGAUAUCGGAUGCCAUAAGUUACCAAGGGAGCAAGACCGUCCC